UAUGUGGCGUUUGUGUUUCUGUCUCGUGCAAUCAUGGAGCCACUGCAAGCCACGAGCGACACACAGACACACAUAUGCAGUUGCACACACCUUUACACACACAGAUGCACACACACACACACACAUACACACACACACACACACACCUAUGCACACGCGCCUUACAUACACGCGCGCGCACGAACGGGUCCAUUUUAAUCCCAGUUUGUGGUUACAGCGCAGGCAGUGUUGGAUUGAUUUGAACAUGACGCGCUUUAAUAAUCUCACAGGCGUUAUUGUGUGUAUACAUGUGUGUGUUUGGUAGCCAGCGACGAGUUUAGAGGCUGCUGACCUUAUCGUACUUGAUGUCAUUUUCAUCAUAUCGCGAUAAUAUUCCUGAAAGGCUCUAACAGCUGGGCUGCGGUGUUUGCGCAGAUUUCUCCCACAAAUGUCAUAUUAUUAGGUCGAUCCGAUCGUCGUCGGAGGAACCAUGCCAGCAUGAGUGGGCCUUACGCAGGCCCUGGCAGGGAGACUCAUCAGUCCAGCUGCCCUUUGACCCCCGGUCGUGACCUCUCCACCCACUCCUGCUCCUCCAGACACCAUGACAGCAGGAUCAGUUUAACCAUGUCUGCCUCCGCCUCCUCCCUCAAGCAUGCAUCAGUCUAUGGGUUCGCACAAAGGGACCACUCCUCCUCCUCAUCCUCCUCCUCUUCCUCCUACAGUCCCCUCAGGAGGCUGCAGCAUCUCACCACCAUGGUGAGCCAGCCUGACCUGGUGCUGCCGGUGAGGGAGGGGAGGGCGCCAGACAGGAGCUGGGAUUGGGGGACAAGUAAGAAGGAGAGGGGGAAGGAGAUGGAGAGGGACUCCUGGGCCAAUUGCACUGGCAGGGAUUAUUGUGGCACCCAGAAUACCAGCAGGGAGGAGAGCAUUGGUAAAUCUUCUUCUGCUGGACGAAAACAACCUGAUGUCCAAACUGGAAAUAGAAACGCGCCAGCAGCCAAUCGGAACGAUCCUGUUGUCUCAGAGAAAAAGGCAGAAGGUUGUUUCUCAGGCCCGCCUAGCCCGGCCUUCUCUCUCGAUAGCAACAGCCCAUUUGCCAACGGCUUCCUCCACUUUGAGUCCUCUUUGUUUGAGGAUGACGAUGACAACAAUAAUGAAGAGCGGGAGGUAGUGUUGCCUGUCGGAGACUCACGGGACAAACACGAGAGGGUGGGGAGUCUUCCUCAGUCCACUUCUGGAGACUUAAAUUCCAAGGAUGCUACUGUGUCAUCAGCCAAGGUUGUCACCCGUUCCCAGUCCUCAGGUCAGCGCAGGAGAUACUGGGACGGCUCGGAUGACGAGUGGGAGAGCGACACCGAGCUGUUCCUAUUUGGGGAUAGCCCUCCAAGGCAUUUAAUGCAGAACAGCCUGAAGAAAAAGUCUUUGCCACCUGUGAAGUUUUUAGAGGGUGAAGUUAUUUGGGCAAAGUUCAGCCGAAGACCAUGGUGGCCCUGUGAGGUGAUCGUUGACCCUGUACAGGGAAUCUAUCACAGAGUUAAAGAGCCCAGUGAUCGGCCCUGUCGGCUCUACCAUGUCAGGACAUUUGGGGAGCCUGUGGAGCUGGCCUGGGUUGCGGAAAAAUCUGCUCACACUUUCCAUGGAGGUUUUCAAUUUGAACAGCUCCCCCUACUGCGCCGAAGGGGGAAGCAAAGGGAGCAGAACAACAAAUACAAUAUUGCUAAACGUUUUCAGGACUCUUGGAAAUCCAGUGUUGCAGAAGCUGAAUCUGUUCUUCCACAGAGACCCAAAAUGGUAUCCUCCCUUCCUUCGUCCAUAGAUGAUGCCUUCCACAACAGUUCCACACCAGAGAACAAGGCCCAUCAAAUCUUACCCCCCUCCACCUCACCUGUCUCCACCCUUCCUGAGACAUCGCACUUGACCAAUGGAUCUAUUUCAUCCCCAACCGUUUCAUCCCCAAUACCAGCUCCAACAAAGCCAAGCACUUUAAGGAAACCUCCUGGCAAGAAGAAACUGAGUAAAUCAUCAAAGAACAUGAAUAGAAAACACUCUAAAAAGAUGUUGCAUAAUAGCCCAAACCAAUCAGAGAGAGACAAUGGAGAAUGCCCAUAUUCUGACCUUGACUCAGUCCCUAAGAUUUUGUGUCCUAAAGCACUUGAGCGGCAGCCUAAACUGGCUCCAACUCAGCCGUCUGUUUCGGUUGUCAAAGAGGUAAAGAAGCAGCCAGAGAUUCAGAGUGGUCUGUGGUUCAGCAAAUCAGGCAAAGACAGACGACCUAAAACAACCAGUCCAAUGCCAGAUCGUACUCUCUUUAGUAAGGUGUCCUGUAAGAAAAAGAACUCAUCUGUAGUUAGUAAAAAGACGCUGGUUCCCAGUGCCUCCUCCUCCAGUGGUGGGCUCAGUGACCAGUCAUGUUUGUCAGACAAGCAUAAGACUCUGGUACCUGCUGAAACAAAUCUACCACCUGAACAGUCAGGAAAUUUGAAGUGUAAAAACACCCUGGUUGCUAAUAGGCCUUUUGAUAUAACCGGCAGCCCUGCUGACCAAUCAGGAUUGUCAGACAAGCAGAAGUCCCUGGACUCUGUUGAGACUGGUGUUCCUUCUGGUGUCAAAUGUGGAUAUUCAAAGAGUAGACAGACAGUCUGUAAUACAACCGACACUGUUACUGGCACGCUGUCUGACCAGUUAGGUAGCUCAGAUGUUAAAAAGCCCCAAGAGCCCAACAAGAAGGCCAGUUUCAAUGAUCAGUCCAGGUUUUCAGAGAGUGUAACGACCAUCCGUCAAAAUGAACAUUCUGACAUGAUGGCUAGAAAAAAGGUUUAUUUACAUGACAGGACUUCAGACCAAACAGAAGAAAAAGAAGGUAACAAGCCUUCAGCGUCCAGUUUGAAUGUCAACACUACUGACCCAUUAGCAAGGCUAGGGAAGCAAACAUCUCUGGUCUCAAAGUGUAAGCUGCCCUUUGUCAAAUUAAUACGCAAAGACAUAAAGGGUAAGAAGAUCCUAAACUCCAGUGUAAUCAUUAGUUCUAAAAACCAGCCUGGAUGUACUAAAAGUGAAAAAACAUCAGAUACUAAUGACACUCAAAUGUCUUCUAAACAAUCAGACUUGGUGGAUGGCAUGGCAAGUGUCUCCAUAAAGCAAGCAGGUGGUUCAGAAUCCAAAAAGAUCUCCGUUAAGAAGUUAAAAGCAAGUGGUGGUGCUGGUAUGCUUCGCCUCUCUGCAGAAUCAUCACAAGGGAAAACUAGUGUGGCCUCCAAUGUGGCAAGUGUGUCCGCUAAUGAGUUAAGUUGUCCAGAAGCAGAAAGGAUACCAGUUUUAAAUAUAAGCUCAAGCAAUGUGACUUACUCAUCCUCUAACCAAUCAGACCAGUCAGAAGGUAAGAAGACUACUGUCUCCAAUGGAACAAGCAUGUCCUCUGACAAAUCAGGCAGUUCAGAGCAAAAAACGACUUCUGUUACUAGUACAUCUCAUAAGACAUCUUCUUUGCCUUCUCACCGGCAUGGGAAUUCAGUAUCUAGGAAUGCUCAAGCACCCGAAGGCCUGUCCUCUGAAAGAUCCAAGGCAAUUGUCCACAAAUCAAAGCACGUUCCAGAUCAAGUGAAUAAAGUCCUACUACAUGAGCAGCCUGCCCAUCUUCCAGCCAGCAGUCGACUAAUGACCAGAGCCCUGAAGGCUAUGCAGGAGGCAGAACAGAAGAAGCGUGAAAAAGCCCGAAAGGAGGCUGAGCAGAAAGAACUCUUAAAUCCAUUCAGAAAAGCAGAGGGCCUUGUAUGCCAUUCUGAGCGCAACUCCUCUUGGAAUCCAGAUACCAAACUGGACUUUUGCACUAAAAUAAAAUCUCUUAAAUCUCAUUGUAAUGACAAUGGUGAGUAUAAUCAGGACACUUUUUCUAGCUGUAGCACUCCCCCUUUGAUGUUUUCUGAUUCAACUGACUUUGAAGCUGAAGUCAAAAGUGAAGAUGAAGACCUCUCAAUAUCCUCAACUCCACCAAUGGACUUCAUGCCUCUCACUUCUCGAGUAAAGGAAAAGAAGGAAGAUCAUUCCUCUGACAUUUGCUCCUCUUCUGCACCUUCCUCGCCAUUUUCUUUUAUGAAUGCCUUUAAAAACGUGGAGGAGGUAUCCUUCCAGUCCUUGACAAAUGAGGGCGAUGGUAAGCCCAUCUCCUUCAAACCAGACACAAACUACAAGUUCAGCACUUUUCUCAUGAUGCUGAAGGACUUGCAUGACACUAGAGAACGAGAGGGGGCUCCCUUAGAACUGGAGAUUGGGCCACCAAGUGCACAUGUUAAGGAGGAGCCCUUAGUGAUGCCUGGGAAGGCUAAAUCCACAGGCCAAGAUGAACAAACUGAACAUGUUAAUAACAAAUCAAGAUCAAGUCCAGACAAAAUCGAAAUCACACACAGUAAAGAUAGCACAAGUCAGGUCUCCAAGAGGCCCUAUACCAGAAGGGGAAGCUCCAAUGGGAUGAAAAAGAAAGCCAACCGCAAAGUGCCUUGCCGUCCUGCCAGGUCUGGACCUGGUUACCCAGGACUGGAGUCCUCGCCAGGAAUGGAGUUUUCAGCAGGAGUGGAUUGCUCAUCAAGAGUCCAGUCCCUGUUGGGUAUGCAGGCCAGCAGUUGGGCAGCUGAAAGUGGUGAAGGAGUGAUUAGAGAGGAGAAGAUGUGGAACAGAGUAAAUGAGAAUCUACAGAACAUGGUGCCUUUGGAGCAGGGGGGGUCCAACACUACGCAAUGUCUGGAGCAGCCGAAUGGCCUUGUUGCAGACUGCACUGAGGCAAAAACAAGCUUGACGCGCAUCGCUGGAGGAGGCGACGAGGCUCCAACAGGACAUAAACGAAUAAGAAAACCAAGCAAGCGGCUUAUUGAAUGGACUGAAGAGUACGAUCAGAUUUUCUCCACGAGGAAGAAAACCAAAAAGCCUCUCCAGUCGAUUGGAAAGGCCACUCAACCCAUUACCUCCAUUUCCGAACCCCCGGUAUCGGACAAGAACGCACGAGACCACCCAUCUUUGAAUUUACUUCCUGAAAUACAGACUCCACCUCCUGAGGAAAUCCCUGUAACAACACCUUCUGAACUACAGAUUCCCAGCACUGAAAACACGUCUCCCCAAGAUGCAUCGGUGCUUUCCAUCGACACGCUAACCCCUCCACCUGAAGCUGAACCUUCACUGUCAGAAGGCCUCGUCAAAGACAACGGAAACGCUCCUCUGCUGGAGAAGAAGCGGAAGAGGAAACCCACUCAGAAGAUUUUAGAGUACUGUCUGGAGGCCGAGGCCUCAACAGGCCCCAAGAAGAAGGUCAAAACAUUGAAGAACAAUUCAAAUCCUGCUCCUCAAUCAGAUUCUGGUCCACCACCUUCUUUAAAAUCAAAGAGUAAGCAGCUUACAGCAUCCAGUUCCCCACCGACCACCCCAGAGGUUUCCACCUGUCCACCCACACCUUCCAUUCAGACCGAUCCCACUCCCAGCACUCCUGCUCCCUCCACUCCACUGCCGGAACCACCCGAACCCAACCAGGUUGAAACGACAUCAGCAGAUGACGAUGAUGCUCUUCAACCAGACGACAAUAAGUCUCAGGAGGUCAAAAAGGACACAGCAGAGUCAGAGGGUGACCCGUCCAGUUUGGAUCACAGCUUCUCCUCCAUGAAGGACGACUUGUCGCUGUGCGAUGACCCGCUUCUGCCCUCAAGGAAGAUCAUAGGGGACCGAGGAGGCCCAGCGUCCAUGAAGGAGAACAUAUGCCAGGUGUGUGAGAAAACCGGGGAGCUGCUGCUAUGUGAGGGUCAGUGCUGUGGAGCCUUCCACCUGCCCUGCAUCUCUCUAGCCGAGGCCCCUAAAGGGAAGUUCGUCUGUCCUGAGUGCAAAUCAGGUAUCCACACCUGCUUUGUGUGUAAGAAGCGCGGUGAGGAUGUGCGGCGCUGUAUGAUUCCUGUGUGUGGGAAGUUUUACCACGGGGAGUGUAUCGCCAGCUUUGCCCCGACCGCACCUGUGAACCGAGGCUUCCGCUGCUCGAUCCAUGUCUGUCUCACCUGCUUCAUCGCCAAUCCCAACAGUUCCUCCAUCUCCAAAGGUCGUCUGGUUCGGUGUGUGCGCUGCCCGGUGGCUUACCAUGCUACAGACCUCUGCAUGGCAGCAGGCAGCGUUGUGCUCUCUAACAACAGCAUCGUCUGUCCCAACCACUUCACCCCCCGCCGCGGUGUCAAAAACCACGAACACGUCAAUGUCAGCUGGUGCUUCGUCUGCACUGAAGGUGGCAGUCUGCUGUGCUGCGAAUCCUGUCCUGCUGCGUUCCACCGAGAGUGUCUGAGCAUUGAGAUGCCUAAAGGCAGCUGGUACUGCAAUGAAUGCAAGGCAGGGAAGAAACCUCGCUACAAGGACAUUCUCUGGGUGAAGGUCGGGCGGUACAGGUGGUGGCCUGCAGAGGUCAGCCAUCCCAAAACGAUCCCAGAGAACAUCCAGCGGAUGAGGCAUGAUGUCGGGGAGUUCCCAGUUCACUUCUUUGGCUCCAAUGACUACCUGUGGACCUACCAGGCCAGGGUCUUCCCUUAUAUGGAUGUAGACGCCAACAGCAAAGAAAAGAUGGGGAAAGGUGUUGAUGCCACCUACAAGAAAGCUUUGGAGGAGGCGGCUGUGCGAUUUCGUGAGCUGCAGGCAGAGAAGGAGCUUAGGCAGCUUCAAGAAGACAGAAAGAACGACAGGAAGCCUCCUCCGUACAAACAUAUUAAGGUGAAUCGACCAAUAGGAAAGGUUCAGAUCUUCACAGCUGACCUAUCAGAGAUCCCUCGCUGUAACUGUAAGGCGACAGACGAGAGCCCAUGUGGGAUGGACUCGGAGUGCAUCAACCGCAUGUUGCUUUAUGAAUGCCACCCGCAGGUUUGCCCGGCAGGUGAGCGGUGUCUGAACCAGGCGUUCACCAAGCGUCAGUACAGCCAAGUGGAGAUCUUCAGGACGCUGUCUCGAGGCUGGGGGCUCCGCUGUGUCCAUGACAUCAAGAAGGGUCAAUUUGUGAGCGAGUACGUCGGGGAGGUUAUUGAUGAGGAGGAGUGCAGGUCAAGAAUCAGACACGCCCAGGAGCAUGACAUCUGUAACUUCUACAUGCUAACUCUGGAUAAGGAUCGGAUCAUUGAUGCUGGGCCGAAGGGGAACGAGGCUCGCUUCAUGAACCACUGCUGUCAGCCAAACUGUGAGACCCAGAAGUGGACGGUGAGCGGAGACACGCGGGUCGGACUGUUCGCUCUCGUUGACGUUGCCGCAGGCACAGAGCUUACAUUCAACUACAACCUGGAGUGUUUGGGGAACGGGAAGACGGUCUGUAAAUGUGGAGCACCAAACUGCAGUGGCUUCCUGGGCGUCAGGCCAAAGAACAACCCUCCAUCUGAAGACAAAGGUCGUAAAAUGAAGAGGAGGGGCCACGGCAAGAAGAAAAACAAGACGGUGGUGACCAAAGAAAGAGAGGAUGAGUGUUUCAGCUGCGGAGACGGAGGACAGAUGGUUUCCUGUAAGAGACCCGGUUGUCCCAAAGUUUAUCACGCUGACUGCCUCAACCUCACCAAGAGGCCUGCAGGACGUUGGGAAUGUCCGUGGCACCAGUGCGACAUAUGCGGUAAGGACGCGGCGUCUUUCUGUGAGAUGUGCCCCAGCUCCUACUGUUGCCAGCACCGCGACGGCCUGCUCUUCAUCUCCAAGCUGGAUGGCAAGCUGUCCUGCAGUGAGCACGACCCCUGUGGGCCCGAACCGCUGGAGCCAGGGGAGAUCCGAGAAUACACUCCCGAACCCAGACCCCUAACCUCGGGGCUGGGAAUGGCCGUCAUCCCCUCUGCUGCUUCUAACACCACUACAAGUGUGAACAAGACCACCAAGAGGGACCAGGAGAUCAGCGCCGGCGCUGGCAUGUGUGCUUCCGAGUCAUUUCCUGCUUUUUCCAUCCCGGUACCCAUCACUAUUCCUGUCUCUGCGCCUCCCACCUCACCUCCCCCCAGCAGCACAGAUGCUCCCAGCAGCCCGCACGUGUUCGACCUCCCGCAGUACUCGCCCAUCUCCUCAUAUGAGGAGGAGAGGGAUGUCUUAGAGGAGGAGGAGGAGGAAGAGGAGGAAGAGGAGGAGCUGUUGGCAGAAGUGGAGGAGGAGUUAGUGGAAGAGGGGAAGCAGAAAUCUGAUUCUCAUGAAGAGGACGGAGAAGAAGAAGAGGAGGAGGAGGAGGAGGAGGAGGAGGAGGAAUACCUUGAGAUCAAAGAUGAGGAUGAUGAAGAGGAGGAGGAAGAGGAGGAAGAAGAGGAGGAGGAGGAGGAAGAGGAGGAAGAGGAAGAGGAGUGACGCACAGUGGAUUUUCAGUGGCACAGGAAAUGGAGGCAGAACAACGCUGUUCCUCACACAGUCACUACAGUCACAUUACACAAAUAGCCCAGUCUGUCACUGUUUGUAUCCAGUGAGCAGGUGUGUAUAUGGAAGAAUUUUAGGACAGAACUAAAUCAAUACAUAAAUAAAUGUUGAAAUUCAUAAAUCAGUAAAUAAACACAGAAUAAACAUUGUAUAGAUUCAUAUAUAAAUAGACAAAUAUCCAUCAGUUUCUCUAUUUAUUCAUGCAUUUGUUUUAUUAGCUCUGUCCUACUAAUCGAUCCAUAUUACCUGACCUUGGUACAAACCUUCUGUAGAGACGGUGACUUUGCACACACUGGUGCUGACUGACACUCAAUAUGGGAGAUCUGACAAAGAAAAUUAUCUGGAACUGCUACACAAAACAUAUUUCACUCUGAUAUACUUGUGUUUUUUUUUCACACAGCUGGUUUGUUUUGGUAUUCUUUCAGUAGUAUUUCAGGUGUCAUAUAUGUCAGCAAGUUGACCUGCAAAAGCUUUGUGUAGUUUGCGACAGUUACUGUAUCUGCUGGACCACAGAGUCGGUGUUUUAGGUGUUUCAUGCUAGAAAAAGACUACACUGUACUGUAGCUUCCUGUUAAGGUGGGAUUGAACUCUUCAGUAUUCAGCUCACCACUCCAACAGAAUCACAGUAGCGCUCAGCCUGGUAAACGAUUUCUACUCGGUUACUUUUGGAUCCAGUGGUGACCAUGUUAAUAUCCGGAGGUAAUGUUGCAUUUGUCCAUAAAUAAACCAGAUUGAGUCCCUUCGAUUGCAAUCACAUUCAGUCUGGUUGGGCUUUAAACAUAACACCAAAUGAAAAGACAUUCAGCUUCUACUGGACUGAAAUUUGAAAUAUGGUCAGUGGAUUUUGUGGUGGUUACCUUUUUUUAAAAAUCAGUGAGUGAUGUAUAAUUGGGAUUUUACCGGACACACACUACCGGCAAAAUCAAAAAAGGAACUGCAAACAGUCAUUUUGACCUUCCUGCUACAUCACCUGAAGACCUGACGCAAAAAUCUAAAUCAACGUCCAUCCAGGAACGACAAACCUGACGCACAGGAGUCGUCGUUUCCAUGAACUCCAGUCUUUCCCUCGACGCCUCAGAAUAUCAGAUGGUGCUUCAACAGUGGAGCUGCGUUAACGUGCAUCAAUAUCAGACAAAAAAUGUGAAUGUGCCAGAUGAUUGGCUGCCAGGUGUAGCCUUAAAAUAUGAUCGCACAUCAAGCAACUUGAGAAAACUGUCAAUGCAAAUAUGCCGUUGUUGUGCGACUGUGGAAAUAUCUUGCAGUCUAACGGACGUCUGGCUGCAGGGUAUCAUCUUAUCAGUCAACCAAUCCUGCGACUCUACGGCGCAGCUACAUGCCAGAAAGCUUCAAUCAGCCUGGAGGCAGGAGAAAGGUGUUUCGGCUGAAAUCAUUUUUUGAAAGUAGAUACUCAUAGUUUUUGACUGAAGCUACCAAAAGCUAACAUCAGAAGGAAUUUUCUUAAAAUUUGACCAUUUCAUGUGCUAAAACUGUCAGAUUAAAAAUCUCAUAGGUUAUUCACUGGCUCCAUAGAUCUGGUUGGACUGCAGGUUUCACAAACUGACACUUCUGAAGCUGGUUGAGUAGAAUCAUAUCCUUCAGCAUCUAACACUGGGCAACACAAAAGGACAAAUAAGGACAGAGAUAGCAUUAAGUUUGCUCCAGUGUGUAUGCUGUGCUCUGUAGUCAUUAUUUAUAUAAUUCUGUGACGCACAAAUGAUGACGAGUCGGGGUGUUAGCGCUCCCUCUGCUCGCUCACUCACUUUGACUCUCAAUCGAGGGGGAAACAAAAGUCUUCGAUUGGAUGCGAGACGCUUGAAACGACGGACUCCUGCCAUGAUGCUUGCACUUCAGUAUGUGUUCUUGCCACACGUGUUUCGCUCUGUCUUCAAGCUUAAUAUUGUCUGUGUGUUAUCUGCCAAUGCCUUAGAGUGUAUUUCUUUGGACAUGUUUUUAAGGAAUGGUUUGGCGCCUGUGAGAGCCAAGUUUCCCUACUAAUGCCUUUUUACAGAUGCCCAACAAGCAAUGUUUCAUUCCAGUGUAAUUAUUACCUGUUAGAUCUCAACCAUUGACCUGUUAAAACAACUGCUAUAUAAAUAUAUAAGAAGAAGAAGUUAUGAAACAA